AUGCAGAAACAUCUGGGUGUUUUUCAGCAAGUGCGUCACACUUCUGUAGACCUUACAAUUGUGCUUUUAACUUCAGAGUCCGAAGAAAAGUCGAUGUCCCCGAAAUAUAAAAGAAAGCAUUUCGUAAAAAACUUUCCGGGGACAUCAACUUAUCUGAAGACUCAAAACCAAAAUACUUCACCGGAAUUAGAUAGAAAAUCACCUACCUGCAUUAUAGUUAUUAAUAUUUAUUUAUUCUGUGGUUAUUACAUUGCAAGGAAAAGGGAGAAUAAUGCAGAUCUACGGAGGAAAAGGUGGAAAAUCUUGUUUAAAGAUUUACUAAAAGAUUACGCAAAAAAUACUACGCUGCACGGUCUAAGAUACCUCGCUGAGAAAAGUCUGAGCGUCGUUGAAAAGUUAUUUUGGCUGGUAACCUUCUUACUGAGCGUAAUUUUGUGUUUCCUACUAAUAAGAAAUGUAUGGAUCAAAUGGCAAACCAGUCCCGUCAUAGUCAGUUUCAGCGAGAAAUUUGUGCCAGUUGAAAUGGUACCGUUUCCAUCUAUAACUAUUUGUCCGGAAAUCAAAACAAGAGCUACAGUAUAUAAUUUUACUGUAAAUAUAACAGAUGAAGUGGAAGCAGCGAGAAUAAAACUCCAAGACAUAAGUCUAAUAUGCCAACUGAACGACGUGUUGUCCGAUUUUAAAAUCGGUCGUAAAACUUCAAAUGCGUCGGUUAUCCGCAGUUUUUUAGAGGUAUCACCCACGAUAGAAGACUAUAUGUUUAUUUGCUCCUGGCGCGGAAACUCGACAGUUCCUUGUACGGAUCUAUUUUCCACCGUUCUGACGGAUGAGGGAGUGUGUUUUAAUUUUAACUCGCUAGCAACCACCGAAAUACUCAACACUGAUAAUAUACAGAAGGACUACAACUACAGUACGUCUACAAGAUUAAGCCAUGGUUGGAGCUUAACGGAAGGCUACUCUAGAGAUUCUGAUCCAUACCCACGACGAGGAAUGGACUCCAGACAUUUACCCGAAUUGGACAUCAUACUUAAAGUACCUGAUGAUGACCAUGACCGCUUAUGCAACAUCGUCAAUAAAGGUUUCAAAAUUUUCGUGCAACACCCAGCAGAUCUGCCCCAAGCAUCUCAGUACUUCCACUCGGCAUCACCAAGGCGGGCUACGUCGCUGGGGCUCAAGUUUCAAAUGAUCACAACUACCAACAGCUUAAUAGACUACAGUCCCAAAGCCCGACAAUGCUAUUUUCCAUCAGAGAGGAAAUUAUACUAUUUCAAUAUUUAUACAGCAAGCAACUGUAUGCUGGAGUGUCAUUCCAAUGUCACAUAUGAAAAAUGUGGCUGUGUAGCUUUCUAUAUGCCUCAUUACGACAGUCAGUCAAUUUGUACAAGCGAACAAGCAGAAUGUAUUGGAAUGGCUCGUGUGGAUUUUGCAAAACGAGUAAUCGACCAAUUCAUAGACGAAGGCUCUGAUCCGUGCUCUUGCUUGCCGACCUGUGAUUCGACGGAGUACGAUGCUUAUAGCGUCAUAUCGGAUUAUAACUUCAAAGAUAUAUUGAAGCAAAUUGAGACAAUCAGAAGCAACAAUCUGUCAAAAUUUAUUGAAGGGUUUCAGUAUUCAAGAAUAAAGUUGCACUUCAAAGAACCGAAGUUCGUGUCGAUGCGACGUUCCGAGUUGUUUGGACUGACAGAUUUCCUGGCCAACUGCGGCGGGCUACUUGGACUCUUUCUUGGCUUUUCCUUUCUCAGUCUCAUUGAAAUCGUGUACUUUUUUACGUUAAGAUGCGGAUUCCUUUUGAAAAAGGAUUUAUUACAGAAGAAAAAGACUUCACCAAAGAACACAGAUUGA